AUUUUUAAAAAAUAAAAGUAUUCCCUCCCAAGUAUAAGAUCCAACGGCUGAUAUCACUCAGAAACGUUUACACUAAAUCUGAAUCUUCACCUUCCGAUUUACAUUCAUCCUCUUUCUUCUUCUUGCUACCACCUCUCACUCUCAGAUCUCACAAAGCAAAAAAAGAAAAACUCUCUCUCUAGUCGAAAUGGUGGAAGCUCAAUCAUGGACCACGCGGCGGAUGAGCAACCCGAGAUUCGACGCCGCCGCAACCACCACACCAACAGUCAUCGACAUCCCCGGAACACCUCCUCACUCCUCCUCUUCCUCCACCGGAAAACCUUUCUUCCUCUCCUCCCCCACAGUGUCUCCCUCCGUCCUCACGGCGGCGAUAAUCGCCGCCUGGUUCGGCUCCAACAUAGGAGUCCUCCUCCUGAACAAGUACCUCCUCUUCUACUACGGUUUCCGCUACCCGAUCUUCUUGACAAUGACGCACAUGCUCUCCUGCGCCGCCUACAGCUCCGCCGUCAUCAACAUCGCCGGCAUCGUGCCGCGUCAGCACAUCCUAUCCCGCCGUCAGUUUCUGAAGAUCCUCGCUCUCUCCGCGAUCUUCUGCCUCUCCGUCGUGUGCGGCAACACUUCGCUCCGUUACAUCCCUGUCUCUUUCAAUCAGGCGAUCGGAGCCACCACGCCGUUCUUCACCGCCGUCUUCUCUUUCCUCAUUACCUGUAAAACGGAGUCCACCGAAGUUUACUUGGCUCUGCUUCCCGUCGUCUCCGGCAUAGUUCUCGCUUCUAACUCCGAGCCUUCGUUUCAUCUCUUCGGUUUCCUCAUUUGCGUCGCUUCCACCGCCGGUAGAGCUCUUAAAUCCGUCGUCCAGGGGAUUAUCCUGACGUCUGAAUCAGAGAAGCUACAUUCGAUGAAUCUUCUGCUCUACAUGGCUCCAAUGGCAGCGUGUAUCUUACUACCAUUUACACUCUACAUCGAAGGAAAUGUAUUAAGAAUCCUAAUCGAAAAGGCUAGGACCGAUCCAUUGAUCAUCUUUUUGCUCGCCGGGAACGCUACAGUGGCAUAUUUAGUAAACUUGACGAACUUCUUGGUGACAAAGCACACGAGUGCUCUCACCUUGCAGGUUUUGGGCAACGGGAAAGCCGCCGUGGCUGCAGGAGUCUCGGUUUUGAUAUUUAGGAAUCCGGUGACGGUGAUGGGUGUUGCCGGAUUCGGAGUCACGAUUAUGGGAGUGGUUCUCUAUAGCGAAGCUAGGAAGAGAUCCAAGUUGCUUAACCAGAAGUGAAGUGUGGAAGUGGGACAAGAGACUGGGGUUAAACCGGUGAAGUAAUUUCUUAUUUUAUGGUAUUUUUCGGUUAAAGUAUCUUGAUUCUUUGGCAUUCUGCUAUUGUUUUGAACCGGUUUGAGAGGGGGGAAAUGUAACUGUAAAUGGUUGAGAUUGAUUGGGGAAAACUGAAAAGAUAUGAAAUUGAAAAGGGUAAUAUAUAUAACAAAAGUGGAAAAGUAGGGGCAGAAUUAAAAGAAAAAGACAUUGUAACUUUCUUUUGUUUUUUCUUUAAAUUCUUCUCUUGUAUUAUUAUUUCGUUUUAUAGUUUGUAUUGCCAAAAUUAUGGACACAUAAAGUGGAAAAAGUUAAAAAGUAAUAAAUUUAUUUCUUCCA